AGGCAUGUCUCUUCCCUUUUCAGUUCUGAGCAACAUGGCUACCGCAUGGACAAGAGAACAAAUGUCAGUGCUAAUAGAUGCUAUGAAAGAAGAACAAUGUCUUUACAAUGUAAAAAGUAAAAAUUAUUACAACAAACGCUGUCGUGCGGAGGCGCUUUUUCGUGUAUUUUUUAAAGUGAAAUGUGUUAGGCCUCAUUUGAGCAAUCCAAAGGAGUGUCAAACGAAAUUUUUGAAUAUGAGGAACAUGUUCAACGUGGAAAAUCGAAAGAGGAAAGAGAGUAUGAGGACUGCAACCUGCGAAGAUGAUAUAUAUCGGCCAGGUUUGUGGUAUUUUCAGAAACUCGAAUUUCUAGGCGCUCAUUACAUGCCACGAAUUAGGAACUCUGCUCCACUACAGACUAUGGAAUGUAGUGACAGUUUUCAGACAGAUGAAAGCACAUCACAUGAAAGUGAUGUCGUGGAAUCUUCCAUGAGCAAUGUCAUUGAAUUUACAGAAGAAAGUGACGUGAAGGACAUAGGACUAGUUGAAUCUGAUUCAAUUCUAGAACAAGUACCACUGGCACAAACCUCAUGGAGUUCAGCGGAGAGUGCUACAUCCAGGUCCUCCACUGCGAGAAAAAGAAACAAUAGUGACAGUUAUGACACUGCAAUACAAUUAAUUGUAGACAGACUGCAGGAAAGUUAUGAUGAUGACAUAACUGUUUUUGUAAAAUAUCUGGCAACAGAAAUGAGACAAAUAAAAUGCAGAGAAGCAAGGAAUGCUUGUAAGCAAAAAAUACUAAAAAUUGUUUAUGAUACUUUAGAUAAUGAAUAAAACAUUGUGUAUAUUG